UGAAAGAACCCGCGUCCCUGGCGCUUUCCGCCAGCGGAAAUUCCGGCGGCUACAUGGAUCCAGACGGCACAGCCAUUGUAAUGUCAUCCGAGCUUCUGCCAGCACCGACUCCGGAUCCGAGAGUGACGUGGAAUUACUUUGACGAACAGGGGUACGUUUCAAGAGGUGGUCUACGUGCAGGCGAGGACCCAUACGCGAGGAAUAAAUUCAAUCAGGAAGCCUCCGACGGUCUUCCAAGUAAUCGUGAUAUACCUGAUACUCGUAGCGCUAUGUGUAGGAUGAAACAAUGGAGACAGGAUCUGCCACCGACUUCCGUUAUAAUUACUUUCCACAACGAGGCACGGUCUACGCUACUCAGAACUGUCGUCAGUGUGCUAAACAGAAGUCCCGAACAUUUAAUCAAGGAAAUCAUUUUAGUGGACGAUUUCAGCGAUCAUCCGGAGGAUGGCGAAGAGCUAUCGCGAAUUCAUAAAGUUCGUGUGAUCCGAAAUGAGAAGAGAGAAGGCCUAAUGAGAUCUCGUGUCCGCGGUGCAGAUGCAGCUACCGCGAAUGUAUUAACGUUUUUAGAUUCGCAUUGUGAAUGCAAUGCCGAUUGGCUCGAACCACUCUUGGAAAGAGUGGCUGAAGACCCAACCCGAGUAGUAUGUCCUGUGAUCGAUGUAAUCAGCAUGGAUACUUUCCAAUAUAUCGGAGCUUCCGCCGAUCUCAGGGGUGGUUUCGAUUGGAGUUUAGUCUUUAAAUGGGAAUAUCUCAGCCAGACGGAACGACAGGCGAGACAAAAGGAUCCGACACAAGCUAUUAGAACCCCUAUGAUUGCUGGUGGACUAUUUGUCAUCAACAAAGCGUACUUUGAGAAACUCGGCAAAUACGAUACUCAGAUGGAUGUUUGGGGCGGCGAAAAUCUCGAAAUAUCGUUCCGUGUGUGGCAAUGCGGUGGCAGCUUGGAGAUUAUCCCGUGCUCACGUGUGGGCCAUGUAUUUCGUAAACGUCAUCCUUACUCGUUCCCCGGAGGCAGCGGAAACGUGUUUGCUCGAAACACAAGGCGCGCCGCCGAAGUAUGGAUGGACGACUACAAGCAGUUCUACUACAACGCUGUACCGUUAGCACGAAACAUCCCUUAUGGAAACAUACAAGAUAGAAUGGAACUAAAACGAAGACUACAUUGCAAGCCUUUCAGUUGGUAUUUGAAGAACGUAUACCCCGAAUUAGUUAUACCUACGAGUGAGGGUGGUCCAGGAGGAUCUUUAAAACAGGGUACCGCCUGUUUAGAUAGCAUGGGCCAUCUUCUCGAUGGAAACGUUGGUCUUUAUCCUUGUCAUGACACUGGUGGCAACCAGGAAUGGGGCCUCACGAAGGACGGCCUGAUCAAGCAUCACGAUCUCUGCCUGACCUUACCGGUGUACGCCAAGGGUACGACGCUGUUAAUGCAAAUCUGCGAUGGCAGCGAAAACCAGAAGUGGCGACAUUUGGAGGGUGGUCUGAUACGCCAUACCAGAAUCCCCGUGUGUGUGGACUCGAGAUAUCACGCGCAACGUGGUAUCACGGCGGAGAAGUGCGACUCAAACGCAGAAACGCAGAGGUGGCAUCUCUACAAUCACAAUCACUAG